AUCUAAUCUAUCUAUUUAAUCUAAAUAUCGGUCUAUCUAUCUUUCCAUCUUACUAUCUUUCCGCUCGCCCGACUGCCAGCUUCACCAUCCCACAGGCCCGUCAGCCCGUCAGCUCGCCAGCCCGCCAGCCCGUCAGCCCGUCAGUUACCCUGUGUGUGUACGUGUGUCUGUCUGCCUGACCGCGUGUCUGUCUUUGUGUGUGUAUGUGUGUGAGUGUGUGCUUGUCUAUGGGACUUUCUUACUCUCUGCCAGCGAUUUUUCCUCUCUCAUUCCUCAUCUGUCUGUCUGUCUGUCUGUCUGUCUGUCUCUCUUUCCAUCUGUGUCACUAACCCCCACCCCUCUCGUCUCUCUCCUAUCCAUUUUAUAUACAUAAUACAAUACAAACAUUUACACACAUAUAUAGAGAUAUACAUUUAUGCGUACAGAUUUACAUGUGUACAUAUUCAUUCAUACAUUUUGACAUAUGAGAUGAUUUAAAAUAUAUCAAUGCCUCAAAAAAGAAAUACAGAAAAAAAAACAAGGCAAACAAUAAAUAUAUAAAAGAAAAAACAACUUUUGUACCAAUACCAAGGAAGGAAGAGUAUAUUUUACCCCUAAGGGACCAUAUAUACCAAAUAAAAUAUUGAAAGGAUAUAUAUACACAAAUUGUGAACUACAACUUAUGAUGACACUUCACACAGGUUACUGGAAAGAACGUUGAUGAUAUACAACAAUUCUUGCUAAGAUCAGAAAGAAAGGCAGUAUCGAUGAUCUAUUGACUACCCGAAAGACUAAUGGAAGGGAAGGAUCUGGCCCUAGUAAUUGCAACAGAGUAAAAUCCAAUAAAGGCAGCUAAAGUGCUAAGUCUUUAUAUUAAAACUACUUCAAAGUGCUCCAGUCAUAUCGUUCGUGUUUCGAUGAAUGAAAGCAAAAUAAAAUACAAAUCGAUGGAAUUUAUUAAAACAAUGGAUACUGACCUUCAGGAUAUUAAUUGAAGAUAUAUUUAUGUGGUAAUUCUACAGGAUACUCUAAUGACAUUUACGCUUUAAAAGACAACGAACAUUUCCAGAAAUAUCGAUUACCGUGUGGUUAUACAAAAAUCCAAUAUGGAUUACUUGAACGAUUCCAUGUUUGAUAACAUGACAUAUAACAUAACUUCUACUCCUUUACCUGAUGCUCCUCGCUUUGAUAAUGUAUAUGUAUCGAAGCUGUGUGUCCUCGGAACUGUCUUUGUGAUUUCCUUUUUUGGAAACACUCUUGUAAUUAUACAGAUAUUCAGAAUUAGAGGAUCGCGUUCCACAAUACAAAGCUUAAUCCUGAAUUUAGCCAUUGCUGACUUAAUGGUCAGUUUUUUCAACAUACUUAUGGACAUCAUAUGGUCAGCUACUGUAGAGUGGCUGGCAGGAAAUACAAUGUGCAAGAUUAUGAAGUAUCUUACAGUUUUUGGUCUACAUUUAUCCACUUACAUAACAGUAAGCAUAGCGUUGGAUAGAUGUUUUGCCAUCCUCUCGCCAAUGAGCCGCAGUAAAGCACCUCUUAGAGUACGUAUCAUGAUCACAAUGGCGUGGAUCCUCAGUGCUAUUUUCAGUAUACCGCAGGCUGUUAUUUUCCAAGAACAGCGAAAAAUGUUCAGACAAGGAAUGUUUCACCAAUGCCGUGAUAGUUAUAAUGCACUUUGGCAAAAGCAACUCUAUUCGGCAUCGUCAAUGAUUCUGCUGUUUGUAAUCCCGCUCAUAAUAAUGGUUACAUCCUACCUGCUCAUUUUAAAGACUAUUAUUAAAACAUCGAGACAGUUUCACGAUACUCCAAUUUCACCCACAUCGAUGUCGUGCUAUAGUGUGAACCAUGGACAAAUUCGUACACAUCUUUUUGAAAGGGCCAGGAAGAAAUCAUCACGUAUGAGUGCAGUGAUUGUCGCAGCUUUCAUUCUUUGUUGGACGCCAUAUUACAUCAUCUUCUUAGGUUUUGCAUUCUUCCGAUGGGACAACAGUCGCACUGUCAUAUACUUCUUCACUCUCGGGACUUCCAACUGCAUGCUAAACCCACUCAUCUAUGGAGCCUUUACCAUAUAUAAGGUCCACAGAGGAAGAAGUGGCAAUGCAAAUAGCCCUUCUAGAACCCGCCUGAUGAUUAUGGUCAAUAAAAGAGGAAGAUCAACAACAACCACUACAAAUAGAUUAUCCGGUUCCGGACGUCGUCAGCUCACCACCGGACAAACCAUUACCCAGCGUGCUUCAUUGACAAAUCCUCACCAACCUGUACGGCCAAGCCCAGGUACUAAUUCAACAACAGCACCAAAUGGUAAAAUGUCUACCAAACCACCUGGCUAGACAUUUAUCCUCCCGAUAUUAUUAACGGCAAAAAAAAAAAAUGAAACGUUAACAACGAUGAAUAUUCAACAAUAAAAAUUAUGUUCUUAUUAAUGCUGAAGAUAGUGAUGUGAUAAUGAACAUGAAACAAUGGUAACUGCAUUCCACCUUCAAUAUGUAUACACAUAUAUAAAUACAUACAUACA